CGUGUCGUCCUCCUAGUCCACAUCUCUGCGAGUCCAAACUCUUGUGGCUUCUGCUUCUGCUGCUGCUGCUGCUGCUGCUGCGCCUCCUCGGCUGCCGCCGCCGCCUCUACGCGCAGGGGGUCCUCUGGAGGCAACGCGUAGCGGGGAGGUCACGGCUUUGUCGCCGGGAUGGUGGGGGGACGAUGACACCGACGGCGAGAGCGGCGUGGCGGGAUGCGGACGAUCUGCGAUGUGUGCGAGAGCGCGCCGGCGGUACUCUUCUGCGCGGCCGACGAGGCCGCCCUCUGCCGGCCCUGCGACGGGAAGGUACACAUGUGUAACAAGCUUGCCAGUCGGCAUGUGAGAGUUGGCCUUGCAGACCCUAAUAAACUUGUCCGUUGUGAUAUAUGUGAAAAUUCUCCUGCUUUCUUCUACUGUGAGAUAGAUGGCACAUCACUUUGCCUGAGCUGUGAUAUGACCGUUCAUGUCGGUGGCAAGCGAACCCAUGGAAGAUACCUGCUCCUAAGGCAGCGGGUUGAAUUUCCAGGAGAUAAACCAGGCCAUAUGGAUGAUGUCGCAAUGCAAAACAAUGACCCUGAAAAUCAGAGAGACCAGAAGAAGGUACCUCAUUCAGGUACAAAGGAGCAAAUGGCAAACCACCAUAACGUCUCUGAUGAUCCAGCCUCAGAUGGCAAUUGUGAUGACCAGGGUAACAUUGAUUCGAAAAUGAUUGAUCUUAAUAUGCGACCAGUUCGUACUCAUGGGCAAGGCUCGAAUUCCCAGACUCAGGGGGUGGAUCUUAGUGUGAACAACCACGAUUCUCCAGGAGUGGUGCCAUCAAGUAAUUACGAAAGAGACGCAAACAAGUAAGCAUCGGAAGAUCGGAAUGUACAUUUCUUCAUCUACUGCCGUGUAACAGCCCUCCGGGAACUUGAAUGAGCUUGGUCUUAGCUGCCGGGCAGAAUACGUGUUAUUGCAGUGCUCUGUUACUGGAGUACAUUUCUGGCAGAGUUGAAGCUAGCGACUGCAUCUCAAUUCGGCUUGUCGUGCCCUAGACGCUAUUUAUUGUCAAGUGUAUUCUCGUUGCCAUUUUCAGAACUCGUGUCACGUUGCCGUAUAGAAGCACGGUGGCUAUCACCUGUGCUUUUGGAGUGUUGUAUGCCAUUAGAAACUGUACAAAAGAUUAAGGCUGCCAAAAAUUAAUAGACUGCUCAUUUUUCUGU